GUAGGUGGAAAUUUUAUUUAGAGCAUGAUGAACCCAGCCGUUAGCAGGAAGGCGGCACAACAACGUCAGCGGCGCACCUACAGAGUGAGAAGAGAUAUUUUCGCUGAGUACGACGAUGCUGAGUUACUGAAAAGAUUCAGAUUGGACCGUGCUGGUAUUGUUGCAGUGACUGAUAUAGUGAGAGACAAGCUGCAAAGUAAAACUGAAAGAAAUAGAGCCUUGACCCCUGAGAUGGUGGCCAUCACAUUACGAUAUUUAGCCACAGGAAAAAUGCAUCAGUGCAGUUGUGAUGAUUUUGGAACAACGCAGCCCACUAUCAGCCGUGCAAUAUCACAGACAAUUGAUGCACUGGCUGACCCAGAAGUAAUCUGCCAGUUCGUGGCUUUCCCUCACACCCAGCGUGAAGUGCAGCAAAAACAGGCAGAGUUCAUGCAAGUAACUCAGUUUCCCGGUGUUGUGGGAGUGAUUGAUGGCACUCAUAUAAGAAUUGUGUCUCCUCAUGUCGAUGAACAUGUAUAUGUGAACAGGAAACGCUAUCACAGCAUAAAUGUGCAAGUAGUAUUUGAUGCUCACUAUAAGAUUCUUGACAUUGUGGCAAGGUGGCCUGGCUCAGUCAACGAUGCAAGAAUACUAGAUAAGUCAGCACUCAAACUGAUGUUUGAGGAACAACAUGUACCUGCAGGAUGCUACCUUCCCGGGGACAGUGGCUAUCCCUGUAAGCAGUGGCUCCUCACUCCUUACCUUCGCCCUCAAACUGUUGCACAAGCUAAUUAUAACAGUUCCAGUACCUUACGAUGCAGCCGAGGGGACUGACGCCACCACCACCACUGCCACCACCGCCACAACAAGGGUUAUUCAAAUGGGGAACAUGCUUCAGGUGUUGCCCCAAGAUGCCUCAGCCCCGCAGCCCCACUUGCCCAUGAUAGUGCAGGCAGGGAAUGUCAUACAGGUUGUUCCAGCUGACAACACGCAGGUAUUAGGGGCAGAAGUCGUUGGAGUUGGUCGGGUCAUGCAAGUGGUCGGAGUCCCAGGCUUUCCCCCGACCCCAGCCCCAGACCCCUGCCCCAGCCACCCCUCUCCCUGUGACCCCUGCCCAGUCAUCCCUCACCCCCUCCUGCCCCCUGCGGUGCUGCCAGCGGGGGUGAUGGGAGGUGGAGGUGGGCCACACACACCUGGGUUAGCUGUGGCUUGGCUUAUCUCCCUCCUCAGCAGCAAAUCCCGAGGAUCAACGAGGACAUGGUGGACCCAGAGAUUGCAGCAGCAGCGAGAGAGAGAGAGAGAAGCAAGAGAGGAGGGAGAGGAAGGAGAGGAGGAGGAGAGAGAGGGAGGCCAGGAGGGAGGCACGUCAGAGAGAGAGGGAGAGGAAGAGGUUGAUUCUGUUACAACAACAACUGCAACAACAACAACAGUUAGUCAGUGAGGAGGGGGAGGGGCCGUCCUCUGAUGCUGAGGAUGAGGUAUUGUUCAGGGAGGCCAUGUCGGAGGUGCCGGUGGUGGGGUCGCCAGUUCCGGAGUACGAGGUGGAGGAGGAAAAGGAAGAGGAGGACGAGGAGGAGGCACGGAUAAGGAAGAAGAAAAGAUUAUUACCUGUAGCCCUCCCUCCAGCUGAUAAGGGGAUAUUAAGGAGCCCUUCCUACAGGUUCGUUCGAUGCAAGGAGUUGGCACAGGAGGCGUCCGAGGCUGUGUAGAGCGGCCGUCUGAACCUGGUGCCACAGCUUACUAUGUUCAACAGAUGCCUGAAGGAAGUGUGUGUAAGGGAGGAUAAAGAGAUCAUGCUGGCCUAUGCAGACGAUGUCGCUGUCGUGACAGGAAGCCAACAAGAUCUUCAAGAGGCCAUGACAAGAUGGAAUGAUGUUUUAAAUAGGGAAGGAAUGAGAAUGAACAAACAAAAAACAGAAAUAAUGAAAGUUGGCAGAAUAAAGGAGGAAUGUAAUAUUUACAUAGAAAACGUUAAACUGAAGCAGACCAACAAAUUUUGUUAUCUGGGAGUACUUUUCGAUGAGGAAAACAGACAGAAUAUAGAAAUUUUAAAUAGAAUACAGAAGUACAAUGCAAAUGUCAGUGCAUUGUAUCCCAUACUUAAAGAUAAGAAUAUUCCAACAAAAGUUAAAACCAUAAUAUUUACAACAAUACUAAGACCAGUACUUCUAUAUGUUUCAGAAACUUGGACAGUGACAACAAGAACAUCUUCACAAAUACAAGCAGCAGAAAUGAGAGUUCUGAGAAUGAUCCGAGGUGUGACCAGACUUGAUAGAAUUAGAAAUGAAGAAACCAGAGAGAGAUUAGGGAUAACAUCUGUACUGAAGAUAAUUGAAAAGAACAAAUUGAGAUGGUAUGGACAUGUCCGAAGAAUGGAAGAUACAAGAUACGCAAGGAAGUUUCUGGAAUGGGUUCCUCUAGGCAGGAGGCCGGUGGGACGACCUAGGAAGCGAUGGAUGCAGGGAGUUGAAGAAGCUACUGAACGAAGAGGAAGAAAUCUACAAGAAAUAACCAGAGAUGAGGAUUUCAUGGAUAGAGACCUUUGGAGAAGAUUUGUAGAGGCCGGACACUGACAGGCAUUGCCUACCUUGCGUCUGCUGAGAAAGUAACUGUAGGAAGAAUGCAGGAAAUAGAGGAGGAGGAGGAGGAGGAGGAGAAAAUGAGUAGAAAACAAGAAAAUUAGAAUAAGCAGAUGGAAUAAAGAGGAAGAAGAAGAAGAAAAGGAGGAAGAAGAAGAGAAGGAGGAAGAGGAGGAAGAAAAGGAGGAGGAGGAGGAAGAAGAAGAAAAAUAAUCACAUUAAGCUGGAGAGGAAAGCAAGAAUAAGCAGGAAGGAGGAGGAGGAGGAGGAGGAGGAGGAGCAGCAGGAGGAGGAAGAGGAGGAGGAGGAGGAAGGCUAAGCAGGAGAUACCCUCCCUUGCUCUAGUUCAGCAGGAGGCAUGGCCGGAGGAGGAGGAGGAGGAGGAGGAACAGCUUUUUUGGGAGUUCUUAAAGAUCGCGUACCUUGAGGCUGCUCCUCCUCCUCCUCCUCCUCCUCCUCCUCCUCCUCCUCCUCCUCCUCCUCCUCCUCCUCCUCCUCCUCCUCUCUCUCUCUCUCUCUCUCUCUCUCUCUCUCUCUCUCUCUCUCUCUCUCUCUCUCUCUCUCUCUCUCUCUCUCUCUCUCUCUCUCUCUCUCUCUCUCUCUCUCUCUCUCUCUCUCUCUCUCUCUCUCUCUCUCUCUCUCUCUCUCUCUCUCUCUCUCUCUCUCUCUCUCUCUCUACAGCCUACAGACUCACUAUUUGCUUAACCACACCUCUUGCCUGAAACAAAUGAAAAACUUUUAUCCUUCUCCAAUCACAUUUCAAUUUUGUACUUAGUCACAAUCACACAGUAUAUGUUGUUAAUUUCAACUUUACAACAAGGUGACAACAUUUCAUCUAUUUAUACAUACUUUUUAUUAUUAAAGCUUAUCUUAUAAUGAUUUCUGAAGAGAUUGACUAAUUUUUGUAGUAUUUAUGACUUAGAACUAUGAUAAAGCUAUGAAUUGAUAUAAUUCCUGAUUUGUUUUAUCUUUUCAUUAUACUUCCUUUGUUAAUUGAGCAUUUUAUAUUACUUAGCUUAAAAAUGCAAGAACGGUUCAGAAGUAUCCAACCUUGGGCUAAGGGCCAAAAUUAUGGUAUCAUUCAAAAUGUCCUUCAAAGAAAGCCCUCUGUAAUCCAACACACUUAGCCCAUUAAUCCUUCCAUUUCUCAUCAAUUUGUUCAACAUACAUAUUUUUCCCUUAUAGGGUUGAACAAUUUUCAUGGGUUCAGAGCAAAAGGCUUCCUCAUUCCUCCCCAAGGUACUCUCGGAUGGUAAGCAGGUUUGACUCUGGAGCAAACCUGACCAAGGGCUACUGCCCAAGGCUACAGAGGUUCCUCUCCCUGAGGCUGAAUGCACCAUGUGAGAUGGUUCUGUUAUGUGGAUGAAUGUCAUGGUGGAUAGCAGUGCCACCACAUUCCUACAAUCAUCCAUCACUCCACUGCUCAAACACUUCUGCAACCAAUGAUAGGUAUGCUGCCACAUUCUGCAUGGUCUCCUUGGCUCUCAGAUAAGGAUACUGUCAACAGGUUUGGGAUUGCCAAAAAAUCAUAAGGAGCUAUGUCUGAAAAGUUCAGAGAGAGAGAGAGAGAGAGAGAGAGAGAGAAAGAAUGAGCAAGAGAAAGAGUAGGAUGAAGCAAAGGAAGAGUCAAGAGGGAGGAAGAGAGAGUAGGACAAGAAAAAACAGAACAAAUAAAUCCCCUACACGUCUUGUCUCCAUUCACACAAGCCAUGAAAAGCUUGUCCAUCCCUGAGUGCUCAGAAGCAGUGUUCCACUGAUGAUGUGGAAACUUGAGACACCCAAUCAUUUAAUGGGCUUUAGUAGGUUUUGUCACCAGUCUUCUGUGUGUCACUGACUACAUUUUGAAAUUUUUAUCUGUUCUAUUUAAUUUUGUGUGUAUGUACACAAUGUUUAUGGUCAAUAAACUAUUUAUAAAACUAUUUAUCUGUGUGAGUAAGAUAAAAGCAGUUAUUAUUAUUAUUAUUAUUAUUAUUAUUAUUAUUAUUAUUAUUAUUAUUACACAUUUUCCUCCUUGUAUUUAAAUAUUAUUAUUAUUAUUAUUAUUAUUAUUAUUAUUAUUAUUAUCAUGAAUUGUUCUUGUUUAUAAAUAAAAUACUGUAACUGA